CAGCGCUCGCACGCGACCUCAUCAACACAGUUUGGUGCUCUUUCGAAGAGAAUUAAACAUUCAAAAUGAAAUCUCCUAGCGUUAAUUCGUGCGAGUGUUAGAGUUUCAUAUUGUAUUGCGACGAAAUUCCCAUCUUCAGAUCGUGUAUAAUUGCUUUCAGCAGAAAAAGGUGACUUGUUAGUUUUGUUUAUUUAUUUAUUCAUAUUCCACAAAAUUUGUCGCAACUUACCACCAUUCGAUUCAGUAAAACAAUAUCUCCUAAUUCCUGACGAUAUUUUUAGUCAAUAUCAACAUCGUAGCGAUUUAUGGCCUUUGAAAGCCAGAUCGUAUAAUUAUAAUCAAAUGACUUAAUUUUCUGAAUAAAUUAUAAACUGGCUAUACCUUUCGCUAAACAUAAUAACUUCAGACCCCAUAAUAGGACGUAUCUUCUUCGUAGUUCAGAAGAGACAGUCGCCCAUUAUACGCCGCUCCACUCAUGUGCCAAACCUAACUCAACUUUUGAAAUUUGUUAGUAUAUUAGAUCAGCCAUCUUGUAAUCUUUCAAAGACUUGUUUGUUUUGAAUUUUAUUCAUGUUAUUUAGGAUUCCCUUGCGAGUGCUUUUAUUGAUGUAUGUACCGAACUGACUUGUAGAAAUGUGUCAAGUUUGCAACCGGUUGAAAUCUUGGUGUACGGACCGUGAUAUUUACCGCAGCUGGGUAAUUGUUCAUUAUAUAUAUACAUAUGUUUUUGUGGCAGCUUGUAGAAUAUGUGAUUUGGUGUGUAUGCGUAUCAAGCCUAUACUCAGAAAAAUUCUGAGCCCCAACGGGAAUUGAACCACGUAACCUUCUGAUAACCGGACAGAUACUCUAACCAUUGAGCUAUAAGGCAUCAGAUGGUGAGCCAAGGUUACGUUAUUUACUAGUUCCGGAGUGUACUGCUAACUACAAGUCUCGACAUGUUUUGUUGAUGUUAUUAUUAAGAACUGCAUUUCUGUAGAUUUUAGGGCUCAGAAUUUUUCUGAGUAUAGGCUUGAAACGCAUACACACCAAAUCACAUAUUCUACAAGCUGCCACAAAACACACACAUAUACAGAAAUGCAGUUCUUAAUAAUAAUAACAACAAAAUAUGUCGAGACUUGCAGUUAGCAGUACACAUGUAACACACAGAACUAGUAAAUAACGUAACCUUGGCUCACCAUCUAUGAGGUAACAGUUGAUGAGGGCCGAGGACGAAGCCAGAAUCAACUAUCACCUAAUAAAAAUCGGCAGCGAGCCAAAUGUAAUUGUUUUAGUAGAAUCAGAGAUCAAACAAAAUAUAUAGCUCUGAACAAUUGUCCCCACAACGGGCGGAAGUCAAACAAUUGUGUCGAAUUAUGUGUUGUGACGUCACUUUGCUAGGGAUGAAUAAAAGCACAUAUUUUUUCCGACCCACGCUGGCAUAACUUCGUUCGAGUUUCGAAAUUUGUUCCCUUUGUCAGACAGUUGAUCAAACACAGACUCCAGCAGAUAGACAAAAUCGGUUAACGCUUGUAUAUCACUAUUCACAAGAUUUCUUAUAACGUCGUUUAUCCCCUAUAACCACCUGACGCUCAACGUCAUUUCACGUUUACCCCCCCCCCCAUCCGGGGUUUAUUCAUCCCCUCUUUCACCGCGUUUUAUCCUGACUCCGCGGUCUAACGCUUGAAUUCAAAUGGUAAUAAUUAAAUUCCUCUCAGAAACACAGCUAGAUAUUUCUAUAUGUAUUGAAAAUCAAACUGCGUAGCUUUUAACUGUUUUUGUUUGUGGAAACACCACGUAAAUUUAUUACUGCAAAGCUUUCGAUCCGUAAGCCCGGAUCUUCAUCAGUGCUAAUAAUAUGUGACUUGUUUAAUUCACACGCUCUUUGCACACAUAAGGACAACGUAAAUGAAUCUCAGAAACCUGUUGUGUACCGCAUUCCUUGUGAAUGUGGUCUGGUUUACAUUGGUGAAACUGGUCGAAAUCUCUCAGUACGUCUUAAGAAACACAAGACGAAUCGCGAGAAAGCCGAGCAAGAUAAAUCUGCUGUGGCUAAACAUACUUGGACUUACGACCAUCGUAUAAAAUGGGACGAAGGAACCAUUUUGGCGAUUGAUAGUCGUAAGUUCUCUCGCAAAAUGAGAGAGUCAAUUGAAAUCGAGAAGCACAAUGCUAUAGAUCAGGAGGGAAAGCCACUAGAUAGUACGUGGCGUGCUCUCUUUAAUGUGCAAAGUUAAUUUCUCUUGUCUUGGAUGCGCGCGCGUUAAUUGGAAUCACUUCACUACGUUUUGAAAUGACGUGGUUGAUGUGCCGUUUAAUUAAAUUUCAAAUGACGCGCGCCAACAGAUCACGACACUCUUGUAUAUAAAAAGAGCGUGUGAAUUAAACAAGUCACAUAUUAUUGGCACUGAUGAAGAUCCGGGCUUACGGAUCGAAAGCUUGGCAGUAAUAAAUUUACGUGGUGUUUCUACAAACAAAAACAAUUAUAUUUUUCGCCUUGCCAUGCAAACAUUCAAAGAACUUAUUGCGUAGCUUUUAUUGAAGUGUAUACAGAACUGACUUGUAAAAAUGUGUCAAAUUUUCAACAGGCUGAAAUCUCUAUAUAUUUUUAUAUAUCUGGUAAGAACUUUUCACUCAGUUAGCACCAACUGUAUUCUAGGCCGAAUUGAGAUAUGCAUAUAUCUCAGAUAUACAUGUAUAUACAUGUAUCUAUGAAUGUCAACCGCAUUUCUGAAAAUGACGUACCAUCAUCUGCUAUACUAGAUUUCUAAUCUUAAAUUCUAAAGUUGAUCGAGUAGUUGGUUGACAUCUGCUAGCCUAUGCGAAGACCCAAAUGCAAUAGCGAGAAAAUUUUUUUCAUUCGAUAGGUCAACAUGAGAGGAAAGAGGGAAUUAUUCAUGCUGAUCACAGGCGCCGUGUUGUUUAUAUUUGAUCUGGUCACAGACAUCGUUUUAGCAACACGGUAUGGGCAUAAAGGCGAAUAUUGGUGGUUUGGUUUCACGUUACUUUUUAUUAUCGUUCCUCUUUUCAUCGUCAAUUUUAUGGCUCUCGGUCAAUCAGAUGAUAGUUCUUGGGAAUUACUAAGCUUUUGUUCCAUGUUUGUAUGUUCGUCCAUAUUUGUGCGUUAUGUCCAAGAGAUCAACUAUUGGAAGCAAACACAUUGGGAUAAUCCCCCUUGUGGAGACAACUAUAAGGAAUGCAAUUGUCCAGAUUGCGAACAGUACCGCGUGGCAAUCACGACGUCUAACAAGUCAGCAUACAGCCUCGCGCGGGUACGUUAUGUAGAGACACUUACAGAGUCUGCUCCACAAUGGUGUCUACAGGUUUACAUCAUGUUACGUCAGUGGGAUUUUCCAUGGUUAACCGUGCUAUCAACCGGGAUUUCCCUGCUUUCCUUAGCAUGGAGUAUUACCGCUCUUGAGAAAGCGAGAGCAAAUAAAAAUAGCCAUAAUUUCACACUGCCAGUCACGGUUGUAUUUUUCACUUCUCAAUUGUUUAAUUUGCUAUCCAGACUUUUAGCAAUUGCAGCAUUCGCAUACGUCUUUAAGGAACAUUUGUUCACAGCACUGGCGGUUCGUUUUCUGAUGGUGUAUGUUUGGUUAUCAUGGGGUAAUAAAUGCAAGUGUGAUGACGUUGUACGUUCGGCUGUAGCCGGCACUGUUGUCAACAUUUUGUUGAUGUUACACGUUCCGAAUAUGUUCACCAAAGAAUUUUCUAGUCCACGCACUGCCCAGUUUGUACUCGACAGUUUAAUAUCCGUACAGAGCGUUUUGUUCGCAAUCUUGGCGGUGACAAUACCAAUACCUGAUGUGAAACAUAUGAGUGUUCUGAGACCAAUUGUGCUGUCGUUGGUUAUAGUAGGCGUGGUCCUAGGUACCAUUUUUCUCAUAGUAUAUAACAAGCUCUUCACACCGACAGAAGAACUACAUGAACCAAACGAAGAAGAAAACGUGUAGUAGAACAUACUACCAAGUAAAUGAUAUCUGGAAAAAAUGCAUGCAGAAAUUAAUGUUGCUAUGAGAAUUGACAAUUUGUUACGAGCCGGUCCUUACUAUUUUAUUUGGCCGCGCUUUUGGUUCUAUUUGCUCGCAACAAAGAUUGUGAAACCAACUACUUUCAAUGAUAUAUUUAUUUUCUUACUUAUAUAUUACUCAAUAAUUAGCGUCUUUAUAACUUUCCUUUAUUUAAUAUAUAAUAUAAUUCUUAAUACUACUGUUCAACUUAUCUCUUUUCUGUUUGACUGAGCACAACUCUUUUGUUUUCGUCUUCUUCGCGUAACUUCGCUUUUUAACUUCAAUACCUCUUUCGUAUAUAACUUGUAUAACUUGUAAUAAUCCUUCCUUAACAAUCUUCUUUAUAAUAACUUUCCAAAAUUAUAUUCACGUUAGGCGCUGAGGCCUUAUGAAUCAUGUGAGGCGGGGAGGCCUAUAUAUGAAUAAUGUAUUAGAGUUGUGCUCUCCCUUAAAUAUUGUUCAGAGAGGAACUUUUAUAUAUAUGGUAAAAGUAUUAAUGUAUAAUAUAUCAUGUAUAUACAUGAUAAUAGCUAUCAUAUAACACAAUGCUGUACUACAACUAAUACUACCACCAUGCAAUAGUGACAAUAUACAUGAAAAAAUUACUUAAUUCUGAUUGAUUAAGAGUCCUGCAAUUUUACUGAGAAACAGUGUCGCUUGAAAAUUGGUUUAAAUUUUGACAGUUGAAAACUUGUAUGAAAUUGUUGUGUCAUUCCAAUGAAUGAGUAAAUCAUUUAUAUCUCAUGUGGUUCAUGCAUACACGUUACCACAAUUUGUUUCUGCAUAAUUUCUUCAUGUAUAUUAUGAAUAAUAUAUAUAGUGUGCUUUCUCGUGGAAUUUAGGAAAAUACACACUUGUAAGUUUUUCAAAGGCUGCUGUCGUUCUUCGUCGGGACUUUAAUACCAUUUUGGUCGUCUUUGACAAGUGUUAUUGUCCAAUUAACGAUUUUUUUACAUUAUCUAGAAUUGUAGAUCGUCAGUUAACCGGUAAUUUAUAAAUAUAGCUGUCGAUAUAACUAUAUAAAAGCCUAUAACAAAUAUAUAAUGCUGG